CUGAUUGGACGCAGAGCCACCUGGAUCCCUGGCAAUGCCCGAAGGGGCUGUGGGGUUAUGGCUCAAAUCUGAUCCGGGGGAUUGCUGAGGCUGCAGAAGGGCAGCAGGGCUGUGUCCAAACCGGCUGUGAUCCAGGGGUGGCGCAGCUCCAGCAGGGAGUUUGCAUUUCGGUCUUUUCUUCACUGGAAGGUGGAUUGGGAAUGGAUGGGGUGAACAACUGAGGUAUAUUUAAAGCACCACAGAGGAUGGACCCUCACAGAUGUUCACAAAUGGCUCAGUGUGUCCCAGCCCGCUCUCCAAGGGCAAAUUCCUGCAGCUUCCACCUUCGCAAUACCCACAAAUCCAUUGUGUGGUGUGUGUGAAAUCCCAGCUGCCACAUCCCUGGGCUUCUUUGGCUUGGCGUGCUGGGUGGGCACCGACCCUGGGCAACACCACGGCUGCUCUGCCGUGACUUUUGCCUGCCCAAUGUGCGUGGGGAUCCGUCCCUCUGUCCCUGGCACUGCUGCCAUUCCAGACAAGGCUUCGUAGGAGCUCUUGGCACAACCAGUAACAUGAAUGGGGGAUGUCAGUGGGCCAGACGUGACAGUACGGCCCACAGUCCAGCCUUUUACUGGAAAAAGGUGAAGUGGAAGUUUAUUUUUGCUCCAUUUCCCACGGCAGAGUGGGUGGCUGCGGCUCUGCCGCGGGGCCCCUGUUCCCCUGGGACGAGAUGGCACCAGGAUGGCUGAGCCUGACCCGUGUCCACCCACACCAGUCCCCAGUCCUGCUCGGCCCCAAGGGACACUGUGACCUCUCUGUCACGGCCGAACCCUUCGCCCACGGUGUGGGACAACUGCGGGCCCUGUGUCCUGAUCCGCUCUGGCUGCACGUGGGCAGCAGCCUGCUCUGCCUUUUGACACAAGAUAAUUUGGAAAAUUAUGAGAAAUGUGGUUUGAGACGGCAUCUGGCCCACUGCUGCCACCGCGCAGGUCCCUUGGGUCCCAGCCCUUGGCCGAGCAGGAACAGGAAAGGGGGGAUUUUCUUCCCGAGCCUCCAAGAGCCCCACGCUCGGGCUCCCUCCCGACUCCCGGGGGGCUGGGGCGGACACCCCCAAAUCCACGGAGAAAACAUUCUAAAAGUCAUAAAAACUCAAUACAUAUGUGUCAAAAUUAAAAAUAAAUCCACCCGGGGAGCUGUUUGUGCCGCUGGCUCCGCGGGCGCGGAUGCGAUAAGAUAAAGGCAGAAGCGGGGAGGGGCUGCGCGGAGCCGGGCGCACCCGCGGAGCCGCCGGAGGAGCCCGAGCGGGCGGACGGACGGACGGACGGACAGACACGCGCGCACACACACACACAUAGGGACAGUCACACGAGCGCACGGACGGACGGACGGACGAGGCGGCCCCUCCGCUCCGCCCCCGCGGAGCCUCCGCCCCCGGCCGCGCCGCUCCGCUUUACAUAACCCGUCCGGGGCCGGGGUCCGCGCCCCGCGCCUCCGCCCGGCGGAAAUGCGGAGCCGCCUGCCCCGGUUUCCUGCCUGAGCCUGAGCCGAGCUGAGCCGUGCUGAGCCGAGCUGAGCCGUGCUGAGCCGAGCUGAGCCGUGCUGAGCCGUGCGCCCCGUCCCGCCCGCCCCGUCCCGGGCGCUCCGCCGUUCCAUCAUGGGCGAGCGGCAGCCGGACGCCUUCUCCUGCAGCGCGGCCGCCUCGCUGGAGCCUCGGCAAUGAAUGGGCACUCGCUGCCAGCCGGCACGCCAGCGCAUCCCCGGGGCUGGCAUGAGUUCUGCGAGCUGCACGCCAUCAGCACCGCCAAGGAGCUGGCGCGGCACUACCUGCGCUUCGCCACCGAGCACCCGCACCAUGACCUGCUGGCCGCCGAGAACUUCUCGGUGCAGUUCACCGACCUCUUCCAGCAGUACUUCUGCCACGAGGUGAAGGAGGGCAUCGCCAUGAACCAGCUCCGCAUCCUGCCCGCCGGCCCGGCGCGGGAUUACCGGGACACGCACCGGCGGCACACCGACGCUUCCCUGGGCACGGUGGCCACCAAAGCCGAGGCGGAGCCCGGCGCCCGCCCCGAGCAGCCCGUCCGAGCCCCCGAGGCUGCUCCCUCUGGGCUGCGCAAGUCCUGGAGCUCGGAGGAGCUGGCGGGCCCGGCGCGGAGGCCCUUCUCGCUCAGCCAGCUGCGCAGGAGCUGGCGCAGCCUCUUCCGACGCCGCUCCUCAGACGCGCUCCCCGGGGAUGGCGAUGGGGAGGCGGCGGAGGCGGCUCUCAAGCCGGGACUGGGGAAGCGCAUCCUGCCCUGGGGGCUGUCUCGGGAGCAGCCCCCCGAGGUGCGCAAGGAGGGGCUGCUCAAGUACGGGCUGCUGGAUGAGAAUUCCCUGGACAGCGGGACGCGCUGGCAGCGCUGCCGCCUGGUGCUGCGGCGGGCGGGGCCGCCCGACGCCGAGGAAUUUGUGCUGGAGCUCUUCGACCCGCCCAAGGGCUCCAAGCCCAAGCUGCUCGUCGCCUGCUCCGCUGUGCAGGAGGUGCGGAGGUGCACACGCCUCGAGAUGCCCGAUAACCUCCACACCUUCGUCCUCAAGGUCACCAAUGCCACCGACAUCCUGUUUGAGGCCGGGGACGAGCAGCAGCUCAGCUGCUGGACAGCCGAGAUCCGGGAGUGUGUGCGCAAGGGCAGGUGUGACACAGGUGACCCUGAGCUCCUGAUGUGCCGACACCCUGACCCUGCAGCCCCCAGCCCUGCCACCAGCACUGAGCCUGUCAGCCAAGGGGCGACUCCGGGGGGCCCGGGGGAGGCGGCGGGGCCGAAGAUGGAGCAGUUCCUCUCCUCCUGCCCCUGGUUCCACGGGCCCAUCUCCCGCGUGAAGGCGGCUCAGCUGGUGCAGCUGGGGGGGCUGGAGGGCCACGGCGUGUUCCUGGUGCGGCAGAGCGAGACGCGCCGCGGCGAGUACGUGCUCACCUUCAACUUCCAGGGCAGAGCCAAGCACCUGCGGCUGGCGCUGACGGAGCGGGGCCAGUGCCGGGUCCAGCACCUUCGCUUCUCCUCCAUCGUGGAGAUGCUGCACCACUUCCACCGCUACCCCAUCCCGCUGGAGUGCGGCACCGCCUGCGACGUGCGGCUCUCCAGCUACGUCGUGGUCCUGCCCCAGGCACAAGCUCCUGGCUCCAGCACCACAGUCCCCCUCCCCCUGCCCUUCCCGGGCUGGAGCCCCGAGUUCAGCCUCAUCCCCGCCAGCUCCUCCUGCCCUCACAGCCCCGAUGACCCCCCCGGGGGUCCCCCAGCAGAGCAGAUCUUCCACCUGGUGCCACCACCAGCCGAGCUGGCACAGAGCCUGCGCCCGGCCAGGGCCACCGUGGCCACCACGGCCACCGCACCCCGGCCCCGCGACUCGGACUAUGAGGUGGAGGCACCGGGCAGGGGCCACGUCCGUGCCAUUGACAACCAGUACACACCACUCUGACCAGCACGGCACCGGCACUGGGAUGCACUUUCGGGUGGAGAAAUCCUGGAGACCUUCUGGGGGAUCCAUCGAGAGAAAGAAUGUACCUGUUUCUUCCUUCUGGUUAGGGAUUAUUAUUGUAUUUUUUGCAAGGAAGGGGGUAAUUUUUCACUCCUGUACGGGUGUGCUCCCUCUCGUUGGCCUGUUAAAGGGCCUCUUAUUGUUGUUUUUGUUGUUCUUAUGGAAGCUUUCUCGUUACUGUUUACACAAUGCCACUUGUGCCUGCACUGGGCCCGGUGUCCUGCCUGUCCCCGACACGACAGCGCCCAGCCAAGGAACCAGGGGCUUGUGUUCCACCCACGGAAUUGGAGGAAGUUAAAAAAACCCCAGGAUAGCAAGAAAAGAAUGAUUAGAAAUUCAUUGCCAAGUUGCUGCUCCAGGCCUCAUCCUCCUGCCCCGGCUGCUGAACCCACCAGCAAAGCUCGACCUGAGCUGAGCUCCCACCAAGGGUGGCGAGCAGGGUUUGGGCUUUUUUUCCAGCUAAGGUAAAAACUGGCUUUUUUUUGCUUUUCCUUUUUAACCCAGCACGGCCGUGGUCACUCCCUGUGCCAGGCAGAGGGAUCCUCGUCCUGCUCUCCUGGCUGAUUGAGACUGAACACUAAUUGCUCCAUCCUUAGCCAUGGCACCAGCUGAGAACUAACACAGAGACUGACACAAACCUCUCCUGCUGGUGAGGGAGGGGUUUAUCCCGUUGUAUCCUGGUGAUGGAUGUGUUCUAUCCCAGUGAUGGAGGCUUUUUAUCCCUGUGGUGAAUGGGUUUUUGUCCUGGUGAUGGAGCUGUUUUAUCCUGGUGAUGGAAAAGUUUUAUCCCAGUGAUGGAACUGUUUUAUCCCAGUGAUUUUAGGCACAAAUCUAAAGUCAGUUUUCCCCUUAAGGAACCCCCCUACUCUUGCUUGCCUUUUUGCCCCCAAAACACCGUGUCACCAGGAGCUUGGUGGCAUUUAAAGCUCCACAAUGGCCUCUUGCAGGUCAUGGGGGUCCCUGGGGACCAAAUCUGGGACCCAGAUCCCUGGGUCUCAGCCUCCCCUGACUCCCCAACUGUCCCCAAACUCUGCUGCUGUUCCUGAGCCCUUGGGGCUGCUUCACCUGCCUGGGGCAGCCGUGAGAGAGGAAGCACUUCUGAGAAGUUGCCUUUAUUUUAGGAAAGAGGAAGGGCUGGAGCCGUUGCGCCACACAGGAGGGGAUGUUCUCAGUAUUCAGCUUCCAGAUUUCCCAGUGCAGCCUUCCCUGGGAUUUCGGAUGCAAAACUUGCCUUGAGAUUGCCUUACAGAAAGCUUUUUUUAUUUCUAUUUUCCCUGAAAUUGCAAUACAGGUGGGAGCCCUCAGGAGCAUUAACAUUUAGCAAUUCAUUUGAAAACCAGCAAACACAAAGCCUCGUUGGGCUGAGUUAGGGAAUUCCACAAAAACCCAGCCUCUAGGACAGGGUUUUCCAGGUUCUGGGUGAGCCCAUAGUCCAAGGAGACAAGGUCAGGAGCUGAGGGGCAGGGCCAAAAUAUCUGGGGCCAAACAGCCCAGGAAGCAGCCAUGAGAGCAAAUCUGGGUUUAUAAAUCAAACUAUGGGUUUAUAAAUCAAACUAUGAGGCUGGGACAAACGGGAACCAUCAACUGGAGAAACCAUUUAGGUUUUCCUUUUGUGCCUCCCCGUUGCUUGCUCUUGCUCUCUCCUGGGCUUUGUGCAUUUAGAGCAGACAAAGGCUUUUUCCCCCCCUGCUUUUUCUACACUUGUGCCUGAAACUGGAGCAUUAAGAGCAAAUUGCACUGGUCCUGCAGCACUGCCAGCCCCGGAGAGGCUGAUGGAGGAACAAAGGCAGCCCUGUCCUCGCUGGGCUCCUCAGCUGUAUCCGCAUCCCAUUCUCCUCCCUGGAGCAGCACAAAGGCUGCAGCCAGAGGCAGGAGCACAUCCCCAGGGCUGGCUUGUGCCAGGCAAGGCAGCUCCCUCCGAGGCUCAUAAAUAACUCCCCGUGCUCUUGCAUUUAUAGGGAUGGGGAAGGGAAGGGGGGACAGCACAGCUCAAGUUGUGGUUUCCUUUCCUCGCUUGCUGCCUGCUUCCCAAAGCCUUAGAGAACACAGGGAUGUGCUAAAUCUUGCUAAGAUUGCUGGUUUUAGUCCCACUGAGCUCCAGGGAGCUGUGUUCCAAGGGGUUUUCCCCCAAAAGGCGAGGUGGAAUCACCCGACUCUCCCGACAUCUGCAAAGAAAGGAUGGGCUGGGAAAAGGCAGUGCUAUUCACAUCCCCUGCCAGAUGAAUCCAGAGAAAUCCUUGCCAGAUAAAUCAGAUGCUGCUGGGGUGGGUUGUUUUGGCACGCCAGGACUUUAUUGUUCCGGUGCCAGGACUGAAACAUGCGUGUGCAUGUGAUAUUUUUAACCUGCAGUUUAAUUACAAGGGGGUUCUCCGCAGUGUAAAUGGAAAUUGCUGUGCUUGAUUAGUAAAAUACACGUUGGGUUCAUUAUCUCCCUGUCAGCCACUUCCCCCAUGCAAACAAACUCCAGUGGGGGAGAACUCCUGUUCUCCCCACCAGUGAGCAGUGGGAGAGUCCCUGUGAUUAUUUAACAGCUCCUUCCAUCCCCAAACUCACCCACAGGCAGCCGAGGGCUGUCCAGCUCUGCCAGCUCCACCAGCUCCUCGUUUCAGAUCCACUGCUGGGGAUUUUUGGGCUAUUUCCCAAGCUCCCAGGGGGAACUGAAUUUGAAAUCCCAUUUCUCCUAGAAAACAUCUGGCUUGUGACACAGCAUGACUCUGCUCCUGCCAGCACGUCACUCCAGCCCUAAGGUACUCCCUCCUCUGCAUUACAGCAGUGGGCAAAGAGCAUUAAGCCAUUCCACCCUAUGGAAUAGAAGCAUUUUGCAGGAUUUUUAUAUUCUUGUGACUUGAGAGAAGAGGCCAGGGCUGGGCACGUUUGGUUCCCCAGCCCUUGUGGGCUUUUACUGGCAUUUGAGGGAAUUUUGGGAGGAGGGGAAGCCAAGGGCAGUUUGUGUCUUGGCCGUGGAGAUGGGCACGUGGAACGCGAGUUUGGAUCCCACCUAAGGAAGCCAGGAGUGACAGGAGAAGCUCUUGGAGCUGGCCCUGCCCAAAGCCCCCCCCCCAGGAGAGGCUGGGGGUGGGCAGCCCCAUUUCAUCCAGCUACACAGGACAGUUUUUAGCAAUAAAAAUGAAAACCAGGCAGUGCCUUUGCUCUGUGACAGCAGGGACUUUGGUUUGGGGCACAAUCCAAAACUCAGGUCCUGUCAGAAUUCUUCCCCCUCCUCUUCCUCUUGCUGUUUGCUGACAGCCACUCCUGCUUGGUGGCCUUUUGUGUCCCCAAGGGUGUCAGGUUCUGAAGGAGCUCCUGACAUGAAGCAUCAGUGGAUGUCUCUCUCCCAGAUCCCAGCCCAGCAGGUACCAAACACUGACACCACCAUUCCUCACCCAUCCCUUUGGAUUGAAGCUAUUUUGGGGUGAAACUUCUAGGAAAAGAUCCAGGGAGAAGCCAAAGCUUCUCAUUCCUCAUCUGGACCAUCAAACCCUGGUGUCAUCCAGCAUUCCAAACUUUUAGCUUUGAUCCAAACAGCCCCAACAUUCCCCAGCAGCUCCCAGAGGCAGGGAGGUGACUCUGUAUUCCCUAACUCAGCCUUCAGCAGGACGAUUAAAGCCAACAAUUUUGUUGGGAGUGUAUUAAUUUGAAAGUUUUACUUUUCACCUGCACAGAAAAGUUCUUCUUGUAUAGUAAUUUUUUUCUAUAUAUUGUUUCUGUAUGUACUGUACAAGUAACUUAUUCUUGAAUAAUGCGAUUUUACCAUAAUAUUAAAAAAAAUCUGCUCUUAAUAAACUGUUUUUAGAACUUGUUUCUCA